UCCCUCUUGGCUCAUUCAUCCAGAGGACCGGACGUCUAUCAGCACAAUGCCAGGCAAACCUGCGCCCAUCAAGAAGUCCCCGGCCAAGAAGGCUGCCAACAAGAAGCCCGAGCCGGCCCCGGAGUCUGAGCCGCCCCCCGUAGAAGCUGCACCUGUGGACGCUCCACCUGCGGAAGCUGCACCUGCGGAUGCACCACCUGCAGAAACUGGCCCCGUGGAAGCCGGUCCGGCUGAGGGAGAAGCAGCCCCCGCUGCCGAGGGACUAGCAGCCCCAGCAGUGGACCUCCUCAAUGCUGAAGGAGUCACCCCAGCUGUUCCGGCAGAAGCUGCUUUAAUGGAAGAGCCGCCAAAGGCUCCCACACCCCCACCUCCUGCAGUCCCCACCAGCGCUCCUCUGGACGUUUCCGUGGAGGAUGUGAACGACUCCAGCCUCACCGUUAAAUGGAAAACGCCCGGGACCAUCGGAGACUCCGGAUUGGACGGAUACCUCGUUGAGUACCGCAAGGAUGGAACAACAGACUGGGUUGUUGCUCAAGAGGAGCUGAGCCAAAACAACCUGUACUGCAUCAAGAAUCUCACCUCCUGUGACGUGCUGCACUUACGCGUGGUGGCUGUAAACCGCGGCGGUCGCAGCGAACCCGGUUCCCUCGCUGAGCCGGUGCUCAUCCGAGAGAUUGGUGAGCGUCCAAAGAUCCGCGUUCCUCGCCACCUCAAAUCCUGCUUUAUCAAGCAGGUUGGAGAGCAGAUCAAUCUGGUCAUCCCUUUUCUGGGAAAACCCAAACCUGUGGUGUCCUGGCUGAAGGACGGUCAGCCUGUGGAUACGAGGGUCAAUAUAAGGAACAGUCACAAGGACAGCAUCAUAUUCAUCCGUAGUGCUCAAAGGGAGGACUCUGGUAUUUAUGAAAUGACAGUUAAAGUGGACAGCUUUGAGGACAAAGCCACCAUCGCCCUUCAAAUUGUGGACCGACCCGGCAGUCCUGCCGAUGUGAAGCUGGUGGACACCUGGGGCUUCAACGCUGCUCUUGAAUGGACCCCUCCCAAGGAUAACGGCAACACAGAGAUCACUGGAUACACCAUCCAGAAGGCCGACAGAAAGACCGGGGUAUGGUUCUCGGUUCUGGAGAACUACCACCGGCUGACUGCCACCAUCACAGACCUCAUCAUGGGCAACUCGUACUCCUUCAGGGUUUUCGCUGAGAACCAAGUGGGAGUCAGUGAGACCAGCGCUGUCACCAAGGGGGUGGCCACCAUCCAGAAGACGGGCAUUGUCUACAAGCCUCCAGAGUACCCGGAGCGGGACUACAGCGAGCCACCGAGGUUCACAACACCCCUCGCUGACCGCGCUGCCACUGUGGGAUACACCACCAAGCUGCUGUGCUCUGUCCGUGGAUGCCCCACGCCUAAGAUCGAGUGGUUGAAGAAUAAAGUGAUCAUCGGAGACGACCCCAAGUAUCGUCAGAACUCCACCCAGGGUAUCUGCUCCCUCGAGAUCCGUAAACCCUGCUGCUUCGAUGGCGGCGUGUACACCUGCAGAGCCAAGAACGAGCAGGGAGAGGCCGCGGUCUCCUGCAAGCUGCAAGUCAAACAGGUUAUUCUUCCUGUGGCUGACAAUGAGAAGGGAAAAUAACCCCCCCACCACCAAAGAGUGUUAGAACAGGCGAGAGUCUGUGCAAUGGGGUUUACAUAAAGAAGAAAAGGAAAAGAGCAACGAACCAACAUCUCCAUAUCUAUUUCCAUCACAACUCCAACUCAGAAUGCACAGAAUACCCAUUCAGCCCUACCCAUCCCAGUUUGUCAUAUGUUGUAUAUUGUUUAAUUUGGUGACAUGUAUGUAAGGAUAUAUAUUAAAAAGUCUGGCAUUGUCCAUAUAAAUAUUUACAUAUGUACCUCACAAUAAAACAGUGAAUCAUGAGACAUGGUAA